AAACCACCGCCCAUUGGCGAUUGAAACCCUCCAUCCUCCCCAAAUUAUCAAUUGGGGAUCGAAACAAUGAGCGACAACUCCAAGACCAGAACUCUCUCCAGCGACCAGCAGGGCCAGAGCCAGAGCCAGAGCCAGCAGCAGUACUACGGCACUUUCCAAGGUGUCGCCAACUACUACCCUCCGCCUCCACAGCCUCCAGCUGAGCCGGUCGUCGGUUUUCCUCAGCCGGUCCCACCUCCCGGUUACUCCGGCCGUCCUCCCUCGCCUCCCCAUCACCACCACCAUCACCAACAUGGAUACCAAACGGUCACUGGUUACGCUGUUGUGGAGGGAAGACCUGUUAGUGAACGCCGCCUUCCUUGCUGCGGCAUCGGCGUAGGCUGGUUAUUGUUUAUAACAGGGUUCUUUCUUGGAGGCGUCCCCUGGUAUGUUGGAACUUUCAUCUUACUUUGUGUGCGGGUGGACUACAGAGAAAAACCUGGAUAUGUAGCAUGCGCGAUAGCUUUCCACCAGUACCAGGUCGUCGGGAGGAAGCUCCCCACCGAGACCGAUGAGCAGCCGAAGAUUUACAGAAUGAAGCUGUGGGCCACCAAUGAGGUUCGCGCCAAGUCCAAGUUCUGGUAUUUUCUGAGGAAGCUGAAGAAGGUGAAGAAGAGCAAUGGCCAAGUUCUUGCCAUCAAUGAGAUCUUUGAGAAGAACCCGACAACCAUCAAGAACUACGGUAUCUGGUUGCGGUAUCAAAGCAGGACGGGUUACCACAACAUGUACAAGGAGUACCGCGACACCACGCUAAAUGGUGCCGUGGAGCAGAUGUACAUUGAGAUGGCAUCUCGCCACAGGGUCAGGUUUCCUUGUAUCCAGAUCAUCAAGACCGCCACCAUCCCCGCUAAGCUUUGCAAGAGGGAAAGCACCAAGCAAUUCCACAACUCCAAGAUCAAGUUCCCGUUGGUGUUCAGGAAGGUUAGACCACCAUCCAGGAAGUUGAAGACUACAUACAAGGCGUCCAGGCCCAACUUGUUUAUGUAAUUCGGUCGAUUGUUCAACAAGCUAUAACAGGGGUUGGCCAUCGGAUAAGUGUCUGAAUCGUUCUGGUGCUCUCGGUUGCUGUUUUUUGGGCUAUUUGUUUUGAGUAACAAACAAUUGGAGGACCUUUCGGGGUUCUAAACCCCCCAGUUCAAAAUUUGAUAUCGAUUAUUUUUGUUGUUCUGUUUUCAUUCAUGUUGUUGAAUGGAACCCUCGAUUGUACGUUUGAUUUA